GCCAAGUUGAUACAAGCUGGAGCUGAUGUUAACAUUGUUUCUAAUUGUCAAGUCAAAUGCAAUAAAAUUGUUAAUGUUUGUAAUACAGUUGAACAUUUAAAAGAAAUGCAAGAAAAAGUGACAAAACCUUCUAAUGAUAAAAACACACCGCUACAUAUAGCUAUAUUGGGAUGUCGGGGAAGAAGCAGCACCACAAUAAUUGACUUGCUGUUAAAAUCUGGAGCCAAUACAAAUGCAGUGGAUGAGCAUGGUAGAACACCUUUACAUUUGGCAGCUAUUACUGGAGAUCACGCGUUAGUAGAAGCUUUGGUUCGUCGUGGUGCUAAAAUAAACAAUGUGGAUAAUUUCGGCAUGUUCCCACUCCAUUUUUCAAUACUGUACAAAUGCCACGAGUUAACCCAAUGUUUGAUUGAGGAUUAUAGAUCUUUAUUUUUUCUUAACCGUGAUACUCUAAGCUCGUCUUUAUACCUUGCUAUAUUGAAUGAUGAUACAAGUCUUGUAGAAAGUUUGUUCAAGCAUGGCGCACGUAUUAAGAAAGGCAGUGGUGCGGAGGUGCUGAUUUCACUGGAACAUGCAAAUUAUGACGUCACACUCGAUUUACUCGAACAUGGAGCUGACGCUAAUGUUAAAGACAGUAAUGGAAUACCAGCACUAUUGAAAGCUAUCAGAAUUGCAAGUCCUGGUUCAUCAGUGACAAGACCAAAUGCAUUUGGUUUAAAGAGUCCAGCUUCUUUAUCUGGUAAUGGUUCUAUGGUAAACAUUAACUACCCUAAAUGGUAUAAGUGUUCACGUUAUUUAAUUAAGUCAUUUCUAGAUAGUGGAGCUGAUGUUUCAGCUACUGACAACGAAGGCAACACUUGUCUACAUGUAGCUGCUGAGUUUUGUAGCGCGGAUAUCGUGGAGUUGUUUGUUGAGCACAAAGCUGUUGUCAAUGUCCAGAACGUAAAAGGUGAGACGCCGUUAAUGAUGGCGUGUCGUGGUGGUAAUGUUGAGGCGGUCAGGUACCUUCUCUCUGUUGGAGCUGAUGUGUUGUUGGUGAAUGUAAACAAGGAUACAGCUUUACACUACGCCGUUAAUUCUUCCAGUGGAGAAAACGAAAUGUCGUCUGAUGGGAACAUUGUUGUAUCUAUUCCAAAUAUUUACGUACACCGUAGGUCUUCUGAUAUUGUUAAAAUUUUAGCGCGACCGGGUAUUAACAUAUACGCCCGUAACAAACAAGGUAACACCGCUUUACAUUUGGCAGUAAAGUAUAAUCUCUAUCUCUCGACAAUUUUAUUGAUAAACCUUGGGUCGAACGUAAACGAACAAAACACCGAAGGAGACACACCUCUUUUCUUUUUGAGAAACGACAAAGUAAUCCGUUUCUUACUUGAUGCUAAAGCUGAUAUCAAUAUAAGAAAUAAUCUGGGUGAAACAGCAUUACAUCGUGUCUUAGAUGUCGAAAUAGCAUGCGUAUUAAUGGACAGGGGUGCAGAGAUGAUUAUUUCAACAGAAGGACGGACUGCUUUGAUGUACGCUACAGCUUCUGGUAACUUCGAGCUGAUUCGACUGUUAGUAGAGCGAGGUGCAAAUAUCAACGUUGAAGAUAAUGAAGGGAGAAAUUGUUUAAUGCAAGCAUUAGUUAUAUCAGCAGGAUAUAGACAGUUUAACCUGGAUAUUUUGACAUUUCUUAUACAAAGUGGAACAGAUGUUAAUGCAAGUGACAUAACAGGCCAGACUGCCUGUAUGCUAGCCGUCAUCAACGAUUGUUUUGAGAUUUUAUCUACACUCCGAUUAUUUGGUGCUGAUUUGAACAAAGUGGAUAAAGAAAACAGAUCUGUUCUUGUUCAUGUUUUAUUAAACAAUCACAUAGAUAAAAGUAGGUAUAUUUUGGAAGUUUUAAGACUAGGAGCUGACAUUGUGGUCGAUAGUCAGUACAGAUAUCUAGUCCAAUCUGUGACAAAAGAAUACGAAACAAACGGCAAUAAUACAAACAUAAAAAUUGUAAGGUCACCACGAAUGUUUCAGUUUUUUCUGGUGAACGAGUGCAUGUUGAAGCAGGCAAAGAAAUCCCUUAAAAUAUUCGAAAUUUCAUUGUUGUGUUGUUCUGUUUUUGAAAACGAAAUUGAACAUUUAGAUUUUGUAAGUUACGUUUUCGCCAUCGGUAUGAUAUUCAAGUCUGACUUAGAAUUGAUUCGUAAGUAUGGAAAAUAUUACCCUUUUUUCGGUUAUAUGCGUAAUGAUAAACUAGUAAAAGCAGUUUUAGAAGCGGCCAUGCGAGAACCCUGGCCACUGGUCAAACUAGCUUUUAUUGAAGUCUCCACCUUACUUGGGACUGGACCUAUGAGAGAAGAAAAACUAAAACAGACCAAACUCCCACCAAGAUUACAGCGAACGUUGAUGUUUCAAGAACCCAUAUCAAGAUUACCCGUAGAAGACUGGUCUAAAAUACCUCUUUGUUUUGACCCAGUACAGUACGAGACUUUACCCUGUCCUAGACCUUUACUCUACUACUGGCCUGUUGGUCACAAGCUGGUUAUCUGAUGUUUAAAUUAUAAAUUACUGAAAAGAAACAAUUUCUGCUUCAAUGAGCAGUGUGUAACUAAAAGGCCUAAAUUUAAUAGAAACAUUAUUACGAUUUCUAAUGGAUAAAAUCUAUAAUUCUGAAAUUAUUCUUUAAUGUAACUAUACAAAUAAUAAACGUUUUUCUAUCACUGGAACUACGGAUAAUGCAUUCAUAAGCGUCAGCGUAUUACGUGGACGUAUAAAGAUAUAAUUAAUGAUCAAAUGAGAAAAUAAAUUAUUGUUAUUAUCAUUAGUUAUUAUUAGUUUUAUAAUCAUGAUUAGUAUUUUAAUUAUUAUAAAAUUAUUAUUAACACGUUAUAACUAUUUCUAUCAUUAAUAUCAUUCUUAAUUUAUUUUUUCUUAAUUUUUUUUUUGGCCUCAGAUAUGUAAUUUUUCAGUGUCAGUUUGCCUUGCCGUGUUAGCUCUACUAUAACAGUUUGUCAUCGGUUUGUGAGGAUUGAUACAGAUUUACAUUAGUGAAACUUCUUUCUGACAUUAAUUUAAUAUUAUUUAUUUAUACAUAAUAC